AUGUUGAGCGUACUCGACGACUCUGAAGAUGAUUCUGACAACAAAGCAAGCAAUGACGAGGAGCAGCUGCAGAACGAAACUGAUAAUUGCUAUGGUUUUGCCGGUAGUUUGCAUGUUGUCGGACAUGUACUGGAGGGCAAGACCUGCGGAUUGUGUUGCAAGACAGAUGAUAUCGCAAGUAACAAAGAAGACUGUAAGUCUCUUGCCGGAAAUGAGGGCAUAGCGGUUGGCUCCCAGGGAGGAUAUGACUCUGCCGAAGCACAUGUAGAUGGUAGCCGUGAGGAAGAUGGGGGACAAGUAGACCUCGACGGACUGGCCGAGGCCGCCAGCAACAUGUCUAGCGUAGCCAACCACCUCGAGAAUGCCUCCGAUGAUAAACCAGCACAUUUACCACGUACGGGUGUAGAUUGA